GGGAGGGGCAUCCUGGCGAUGAGUCAGGGCCCAGCCCGUGUGGCUGACGCCGGCGCCCGGAGGAGGCCUGAGACCGCCUCCUCCUCUUUCCCCUGGCCGCGUCCGGCUCGGCUCCGCUCGGCUCGGCUGCUGGCCGGCGGGCUGGUGCCGAUGGCGGCCGGCGGGUCGUGAGGGAGCGAACGAUCCCGCGGCCUCCGGCGCCCGUGUCAACGUCCUCGUCCAUGUCGGUGUCCAUGUCGGUAUCUGGGGCGGAGCCGGGCCGGGACUCAGCGGAGCCCGGGAGCGCCGGGCCUGGAGCGCGGGGGACCGCCGGCGCCCCCGCCGUCUUCGUGCUGCUGGAAGAGCGGCGGCCCGGAGGGCCCUCCGGAAGCGGUGGCGGCGGCGGCGGCAACGGCGGCGGCAGCUCGGGUUCGCUGCUCAGCCUGAACUCCCUGCUCCCUGAGUCUGGGAUCGUGGCCGACAUUGAGCUGGAGAACGCCUUAUCCCUGACCCCAGAUAGCUUCUAUGAGCUGAAGAGUCAGCCCCUUCAUUCCAGCCUCCCUUCCCAGGCAGCUCCAGCAGCAUCCUCACAGGCUCCAGCUUCGUCAUCUUUAAUCAUGUCUUCCCGGAUCCUCCUUCGCCAGCAGCUGAUGAGAGCCCAAGCACAAGAGCAAGAGCAGCGGGAGCGUCGGGAGCGGGCGGCUUCCGGCGCGUUCUCUGGCGGCCCGGCCCCUCCGGCGUCCCCGGCCAUCUCGGUGGUAGUUGGGGCUAGCCCUGGUGGCCCUUCUGGUGGGGUGGGGCUUACCCGACCCGCCUCUGCUCAGGUGCCGGUGGAGGUGCUGAAGGUCCAGACACACCUAGAGAACCCUACCCGCUACCACCUGCAGCAGGCCCGGCGCCAGCAGGUCAAACAAUACCUGUCAACUACACUUGGCCCCAAGCUUGCUUCUCAGGCCCUGACACCACCACCUGCUGAGGGUACUUCAGCUGAGAGGUCCCAGCCAGCUGCAGGAAGCGCCCCUAAUAGCCCCAUGGCCCUUCUCAACAUUGGCUCCAGUUCAGAGAAGGAGGUAAGCCCCCAGUGUGACCCUGGGCAGAGUACCAAGCUGAAGUUAAAUCUUCUCCUGCCACCUGGUCUCUUCUCUGGUUCUCAGAUUGAUGAUGUGAUUGAUGAGAUCAUCAGCUUGGAGUCCAGUUAUAAUGAUGAGAUGCUUGGCUACCUGCCUGGAGGCCCUGGGGGACUGCAGCUCCCAAGCACACUGCCCGUUUCUGGGAACCUGCUGGAUGUGUACAGUGGCCCCAGUGCCGUGACCCCAGCUGUCCCUGUCAGCAACUCCUGUCCUGCUGAGCUGACCAGUAUCAAGCAGGAGAUCUCCGAGAAUGAGGCAAAGGCCCUUCUGAAGGAGCGCCAGAAGAAGGACAAUCAUAAUCUUAUUGAACGGCGGAGACGCUUUAACAUCAAUGACCGGAUCAAGGAGCUGGGCACCCUGAUCCCCAAGUCCAGUGACCCGGAAAUCCGAUUGAAUAAGGGAACCAUACUCAAGGCCUCAGUGGACUAUAUCCGAAAACUCCAGAAGGAGCAGCAGAGGGCCAAAGAUCUGGAGAGCCGACAACGGGUGCUGGAACAAGCCAACCGAAGCCUGCAGCUCAGGGUCCAGGAGCUGGAACUCCAAGCACAGAUCCAUGGCCUGCCCUUGUCCCCCGCCUCCAAGGGAGAUCCACUGGAAUGCAGUGCCCCGCAGCCCCUGCCCCCUCCUCCUGAAGCUCUCCUGGAUCUACACUUUCCCGGGGAUCCCCUGGGGGAACUGGGCGAAGAUCCCUUCCAGCUCGGCCUAGAGGACAUUCUGAUGGAGGAGGACGAGGCGGCCACGGCGGCGGGACUCCUAGGCUCAGGGACAGGGCUGUCCCCUCUGCGGGCCGCCACUGACCCCUUGCUUUCCUCUGUCUCCCCGGCCCAGUCCAAGGGGAGCAGCAGCCGGCGGAGCAGUUUCAGCAUGGAGGAGGAGUCCUGAUGAAGCCCCGCCUCCCGGCAGCCCCUUGGCGCAGACGCAUAUGUUCCUACCCCUCCCCUUCCCACUUCCCCCUCCCUUUGGCGGAGAGAAGGGGCGGGGCCUAGGCGGGAAAAGGGCUGCCUCCUCCUUCCUUCCCCCCCCCCCCCCCUUCGGCCCCGGACUUAUAACCGUGGAAGCCCCGUGUAGAUCCUGGAAACUGACAGGCUGCGGGUUGGACUUGGGGGGAGGGGGGAGGGGGGAGGGGGUUGCGGCCCGCGGGCUCCGCUUCUCUUGCAGACACAAUAAAACAUGGCUCAACUUUGUUAAAGA